AUGGCUUUGAAAGGUUUUCCGCGAAAAUGUCGCGGAGAAGAGCAAUUUUGCCCGCAGGAAAAGUGUAAAGAGUACAGUUCUCUGAAGCCAAACUUGAACACUCAUAACAUGCUCAAACGCUUUCUAUUCUUAACGGGUCUUCUCGUUGGGGUAUUCGCGACUGACGAAUGCUCUGACGCAACUUGUCCAGAUGGAUGGUACUACUCACAAACGCUUAACAAUUGCUACAAAGCCGUGACUCAACCUGGUGGUUUCACUUUUGCUGAAGCUGAUGCAACAUGCAAAUCUGCUGGCGGCCAAUUGACUUCGAUUCACUCAGCUGAGGAAGAUCGGAUUGUCCUUGAACUUGGAGCCAUGCCUGGAACAGUCACCCGACUCCAGACACUCAUUGGUGGAUAUAGACCAAAUGGGACAUGGACUUGGAGCGAUGGAACUCCAUUUGACUACAAGAACUUUGCCAAGACUGAUGAUGCAAAACAAUGUCUUCAAUUGUGGUCAACUAAUUCGACAGCCAUUCACCCAAUCAACGAAUAUAAACAAUGGGAUGAUAUUCCAUGCACUGCCAAAUUCGUAAACGCUGUGUGCAAAAUCUCUCUUGGUGGAAAUCAAGGACAAGCAUCAACCCCAGCUCCUGUUCAACCAUCAGCCCCUCCAGCUCCAACUUGCCCACCUACCUGGUACUACGCACAAACCCUCGGAAAUUGCUACAAGGCCGUAACUCAAACCGGUGGACUCACCUUUGCUGAAGCUGAUGCUAUGUGCAAGACUGCCGGUGGCCAAUUGACUUCGAUCCAUUCAGCUGAGGAAGAUCGGAUUGUCCUUGAACUUGGAGCCAUGCCUGGAACAGUUACUCGACUCCAGACACUCAUUGGUGGAUAUAGACCAAAUGGAACAUGGACUUGGAGUGAUGGAACUCCAUUUGACUACAAGAACUUUGCCAACACUGAUGAUGCAAAACAAUGUCUUCAAUUGUGGUCAACUAAUUCGACAGCCAUCCACCCAAUCAACGAAUAUAAACAAUGGGAUGAUAUUCCAUGCACUGCCAAAUUUGUAAACGCUGUGUGCAAAAUCUCUUUUGGUGGAAAUCAAGGACAAGCAUCAACCCCAGCUCCUGUUCAACCAUCAGCCCCUCCAGCUCCAACUUGCCCACCUACCUGGUACUACGCUCAAAAUCUUGGAAAUUGUUACAAGGCUGUGACUCAAACCGGUGGACUAACUUUUGCUGAAGCUGAUACUGCGUGCAAGACUGCCGGUGGCCAACUGACUUCAAUUCAUUCAGCUGAAGAAGAUCGAGUUGUUCUCGAGCUCUCGGCUGCGCCUGGAACAGUUACUCGAUAUCAGACACUCAUCGGCGGGCAAAGGCCAAAUGGUACUUGGACAUGGAGUGAUGGAACACCAUUCGACUACAAAAAUUUGGCUAACACUGAUGAUGCAAAACAAUGUCUCCAAUUAUGGUCAACCAACUCAACAGCCAUCCACCCAAUCAACGAAUAUAAACAAUGGGAUGAUAUUCCAUGCACUGCCAAAUUUGUAAACGCUGUAUGCAAGAUUGUUCUUCCUAAACAACAACCAACAACUCCACCUUCUCCACAGCCUGCAAAAGUACCAUAUUGCUCGGCGGACUGGAGUGGACCAGCUUUCGAUAGUUGCUACAAGGUGAUCACUCAAACUGGAGGCUUCACAUUUGACCAAGGAGACCAAAAGUGUAAAGAAUUGGGCGGACAACUUGCCUCUAUUCACUCAGCUGCCGAGGACAAGUACAUGAUGGAACUCUCCAAUCAAGGCAAACCAAUUGGUGACAUUCAGACAUUGAUCGGUGGACAAAGGACUGGACCACAUUCGGGAGACUGGAAAUGGAGUGACAAUACCCCGUGGGAUUACACGAAUUGGAGUGCCAGCAAUCCAAACAAUCAGAAUGGUAUUCAGGGAUGUAUUCAAGUCCUGAGCUCUCAAUUCGGCGCUAAUCCACCAUGGUGGUUCCAAUUCCAAACCUGGGAUGAUCUCCAAUGCAAUAUUGGAUAUCAAGCGGCUGUCUGCAAGAGACCACAGCAACUC